CGAUUUUUUUUCAGUUACUUAAUGUGAACCUUGGUUACCUAGCAUGACCCAGUACACCAGAUUACCCUCAGAAGAACCCGAGGUUCCGGCCUACGAUGCUGAUGAUAGAACCGCCGGGUCGUCGAGAAUAAACACUGAUAAUGCAAACAAUGACGAUAAAACUGAUAAUGAAAACCAGUUCGUUGCCCUACCUCCUCCAUAUGGAGACAACUCAGAUCUGCCCACAUAUGAGGAAGUAGAACGAAUCAAACGCGACGAGGAGGAUAGGGACAGCGAGAAUCCCUACUCGGCCCUGUUAAAUGGAUCUAUGACAGCAAAUCUGUUCAGCUCCGAGAUGGAAGUCGGAUCAGACUCAAUAUUCCUCCUCACAUUUCUGAUCGCUCUGAUGUUCAGCUGGGUGGGUUUCAUGUUGACCUUCUGCGUGUCCAACAGCAUGGCAGGCAGAUACGGGGCGAUCAGUGGCUUCGGCCUCUCCCUCAUCAAGUGGACUGUCCUCAUAUCCCACUCCCAGUACAACAAUCCAGCUGCAACUGCAACAGCAGCCGGCACUCCAGAAGACGUGCCCAACUACUGGUUCAAUGCAUGGGUGUCGUGGCUGCUGAUAUUGUCUGGCGGGAUGAUCUUCGUGAAGGGUAUCUACAUGUAUGUGAAGGCUAAGCAAACAGCGUACGAGAACAGUACUCAAAUGCGAAACCAGACAACUGAAGACGACAACAACAGUACGGAAGAAGAGCAACAGAGACACUCGAGGCAGUUCUCACUUUUCUACUUCUACUAGUCAAAUAAUGACAAAUGCAGGAGAGGGGAGUUGACUUUAAUAAACGAGCCUGAUCAUCAGCAGAGUUCUUAAGAGAAGCGAAAAAGGAGAGAAACUUUAGGAUGUGAGUUUCAAUGAUAGUACAAAAGAGGGAAAAAAGAUACAAAGACAUAAUCAUUCCUAUUUUGAAAGAAUAUUAUAAAUUUCUUCUUCCUUUCAAUUUUCAAGAAGAACAUGAUAAGCAUUAUUUGUUUUGUGCUUUUGCAAUUGAAUGGGCAUCAAGCAAGAUGAACUUUCUUGAAUUACUUUUGAAAAUGAUUAAUAUUUAGAUUUUAAAAUAUAUGGUUUGCUGGUUUUCUAACCAUAUUUGUUCGAAUUUCGAAGGCAGAAAACUAUUGUAUUGCUUGCUUGAUGUUUGCUUGAAUCAGCGAAGAAAUCUUUAGCUCCAUCAUGAAUUAUUAGCUCCUUUAAAGUGUAAAAUAUCCUCAUGUUUUAUUAAAUGAAGCUUCCUGAAUGUAGUGAAUAGAUUUAGCACCAUUUUCAUUUCUGUUGGUUUUGUUCUGGUUCUUGCUUGGCUCGUGUUUUCACUUCAAUUUUAAAAAUCCCUCAGGGAUAAAUCUUGACUGCUCAAAAGUUCAAAUCCUGCUCGAAAACUGAAUCGUUGGUCUGCUUAUAUUCCCUCUAGGUAUUUAAUUUUGAAGUUAGUUAGAACGUUUUAAUCAUUGCAGAUCUUAUGUUUAAAAAAAACGAUAAAAAUUUUUCUCAAGAAAAAAGUUAUUUUAAAUUUGCCUCAUUUUUAAAACCAAGAAAGCAGGCCAAAUUUGUCGGGGUAUAGUCCCACUGUGUUAUCUGUUCGGUUGCUCUUUCUUUGUAUAAACCAGUGUAUAAUAGUAUAAUAUUUUACUUAAACAACCAAUCGCGCUCAACUAUGUUUAUGUAACUAAACAUCAUACAGGGAAGGUAGUUUGGGAAAAAGUAUGUCAGUUGAAAUGAAUGAAUUUUGAAUUUCAAUCACCACUUAUUAGAUUCGGAUCCAAAUUUAAUUUUGCUAUCA